AUGGCGAAUCCAGGCAACAAAAGCAGAAAAUAUUGCCAUGAGACGCACUUGGCGAAAUCGGGACGGAUUAGAAGGAUAAUCGGUGGAGAAAACGCGUUUCCCAAGGAAUUUCCGCAUAUUGUUGCCAUAGGAUACGACGAGUGGAACGGGAAGUUGUGGCUGUGCGCUGGGAGUCUAAUUACCGAUAAAUUCAUCUUAACUGCAUCUACUUGCGUCGAUACCAAGACGCCCAAGUACAUAAGAUUCGGAGAUUUGGACUUGGAGUCGAGUACCGAUGAUGGUAAUGCUUUGGAGAUGAUGGUGGCAAGGACUUACAAACAUCCGGAAUAUGAUGGUAGAGUUAAAAGCGAUGUAGCUCUAAUCGAACUCGAAUCCAAAGUGGAAUUCAACGAUUACAUCAGACCGGCUUGUCUGAACGUGCAGUAUUCUGAAGAGGUGGAAAGGGCUUUAGUGGCUUUGGGUUGGGGACAAUCCGAAGUUGUCACGCGUUCUCCAGUUCGCAACGAUCGAUUACGGAAAAUCACUCUCGAUGAACAACCGAAUUCCGAGUGUCAGAAGCAUUAUAGAUUUCCUAUUGAUCCAAGUCGCUUCAUAUGCACUAUAGGCAAAAAUAAGGAUACUUGUGUAGGAGACGCAGGAGGACCGUUGCAGAAGUUGAACAGCAAUUACCAUUCGACGUACGAUAUCUUCGGAAUUACGUCUUUCGGACGUAGCGUUUGCGCUACGAGUGAACCGUCCGUUGCCACCAGAGUGUCCUACCACAUCGAAUGGAUCGAAUCCAUUGUCUUUGCAUAA